AUGAAGUCGCUGGCUGGGAAACUGAUGUUUUGUUUGCAAUGCUCCAGAGGCCAGGUUGUUGGAACCUCCAUCUCCCACUAUCUGCUGGAAAGGUCAAGGCUUGUCUUUCAGGCACAUAAUGAGCGUAAUUAUCAUGUGUUUUAUGAGCUACUGGCAGGCCUGGAUGAUGUACAGAAACAAGAUCUGAGUCUACAGCAAUCAGAAACAUACUUCUACCUCAAUCAGGGUGGAGCAUGUGAGAUCACUAGCAAACAGGAGCACGAGGACUUCCUACGUUUGCUGCAUUCUCUGGGAAGAAUUGGGCUGUUGGAGGAUCAACUGCAAACAAUGUGGUCCAUCUUGUCCUCCAUCUUGCAGCUGGGCAAUGUUUGUUUCACAUCCUAUGAGGAUGGAUCCCAGGAGCUCGCUGUCAUUGUUAGUUACACCGAGAUACGAGUUGCAGCCCAGAUGCUACAGGUCUCUUCAGACAGGCUUCAUGGUGCCAUCACACAGCGUGUGACAGAGACCAGUUAUGACCGGAUAUUUUCCCCUCUCUCUGUGGAAGGCUCCAUUGAUGCCAGAGACAGUAUUGCCAAAGCUCUUUAUUCUGUCCUGUUUGAUUGGCUCGUCCAGCAAACCAAUCUGUGUCUGAUGCCAGUGGAGAUGGAUAGCUCAGUGGGGAUUGUGGAUGUCUAUGGAUUCGAGGAUCUGGGUGUGAACAGUUUUGAGCAGCUUUGCAUCAACUAUGCCAAUGAACAGCUGCAGCAUUUUUUCAGCCAGGCUGUGCUUACACAGGAACAGGAAGAAUAUUCCCAGGAACAGAUUGAUUGGGCUUUCAUUCCAGUAUCUGAUCGACGGAAUUGUUUAGACCUUAUCAUGGCCAAACCACAUGGAAUUCUGCGCAUUCUGGAUGACCAAACCAACUUGCCUCAGGCAACAGAUCACACCUUCCUCCAGAAAUGCCACUACCAGCACAGCAACAAUCCCUGGUAUGUGAAACCCAAACUGCCUCUCCCAGUUUUUACAAUUAGACAUUAUGCUGGUCCAGUGACAUACCAGGUUCAUAAAUUCCUGGAUAAAAACCAUGAUCAACUGAGACCAGAAGUGAUAGAACUGUUCAUGGACAGCAGGAAUAAGAUGAUCGCUGACCUGUUUAAGAGAGCACAGCAGAGUUUGUGUCAGCAGAACCGGAUUGGCUCGCGUUGUCGAGGACAUCGAUACCAGUCACCAACCAUGGCCACCAAAUUUCAGCAAAGUCUCCUGGAUCUGAUCAGCAGACUGAAGAGGUGUAACCCAUUUUUCAUUGGAUGCAUUAAGCCCAACAUUAAAAAGAUCCCUGGCCAGUUUGAUGUAGAAUGUGUUGGUGCCCAACUCAGAUACUCUGGGAUCAUGGAGGCAGUCCACAUUCGAAAGGAAGGCUAUCCUGUCAGAAUUCUCCUGCCGGAUUUUAUCAGCAGGUACAGCAUUUUACAGAAGGGGAAUUGCUCGGACAAUGAGUUCUGCUCUUCUAUCCUCGAGAAGGUCACUGAGGGUACUCCGGGGCUUUAUCAACUUGGACUCACCAAGGUAUUUUUGAAGAAUGAGCUUUUCAAUCAGUUAGAACAUUGUCGGCGGAAGACCCAGAACUGGGCAGCUGUCACCAUUCAGAAAAACAUCCGUGGCUUCAUCAACAGGAAAAACUUCCAGAUCUUCAAACAGAAGAUAGUCAUUAUUCAAUCUCAUAUCAGAGGACACCAGGCCAGGACACGCUACAAGAAAUUGAAGAGGACCUUUGUGCAAUUUGGAACUGCACUGGUCAUCUCACAAGCAGUUGCUCACAGGACGCGCAAACAGCUAUUCACUGCACCGUGGAACCGAAGGAUAUUUUCCAAGAGCAAGGGACGAGGAUCAGCGGUGGGAAUGGAUGUUGGGUUGUUGGAGAUUCCAGCAGAGCUCGCUGCUCUGUUACAAUUUGAUGACCGACAGCCACCUGCCUUUGAAAAUCAGGUUGCUGAGGUGUCCCCACCACAGGCUAAGGCCAUCAUCAACAACUGUCUUCCUGCAGAUGUCAACAACUACCCUUUCAGUAAAUUCAUCAAUCAGCAUUUUAAGGUCCCUCAGUUACAUGUACUGGACCAACCUCUACAACAGCCCCUCACACACCUGGAAGGAGCAGAGAGACAUGCAGCUGUGGAACUCUUCAAACUGGUUCUGCGUUUUCUGCAUGAUGAGUUGCUCAAUGGCAGAAAGGAGAUCAUCCUUGGCAAUUUUAUUGCACAGAAAGGAAUAUCAAAUCCCACACUCCGGAAUGAGAUCUUUUGCCAGGUGGUGAACCAGACCUGGAAGAAUCCGGACAUGGAGAAUUGGCAGCGAGCUUGCUUGUUGUUGACCACCUGCCUGAGCUGCUUACGACCCUCCCCUGAGCUCGAGAAGCCUCUACUCAAGUAUGUGUCUGACCACACCAUGGAAGAAUAUAGGGCCUUGUGUCAACAUAAAGCCCUCAGUGCCAUGCAGCAGAACCAAGGCAGGGCCUACCCUCCAACCCAGCUGGAAUGGACUGCCAACCGCAGGCGAGGACAGAUGGUUCUUGAUAUCCACCUGCUUAACGAGGAUAAAGUUGCAGCAGAGGUGGAGUCCUGGACAACGGGCGAGGAGCUUGCUAACUGGAUUUUAAAAUUGCGGAAUCAGGAAAAUGAGCCGAGAGGUUGGACAGUGUCCUUGCAUAAUGGUGAGGAGUGGAGAGACAUGCCCGGCUGUGAUUUUGUCAUGGAUCUGAUUGCUGAAGUUGAACAGCUUGGCUUUUGCCCAGCACACUCAUCUACCUCCGUCAUCAACCCAGGAGUGAUUGGGUAUUCUACUGGGUCUCAUCCUGGUUCUGACAACUGCUAUCUGCCACUAUCUGAGGAAUGUGAAGGAGUAAUUCCUCCAGCACCCAACAUCCAGGCACCUCGUCUCCCUCCACCAUACUUAUCCCAUGAUCAGUCUGAUAUGCAUUCUUAUGGCAGCUCUGCACCAAAACCAGAGAACUCUCGAGGCAGCUUCGAAAACUACGUGGACAAUCUGUUUGACCCUGUGUUAUCACAUGGGGUAGGGGAAAUGGAGAGGUCCAGGGAUUUAAACAGGCGGAUGAAAGGAGGUGGAGGAAUCGGCCCCUCACAGGCUGGAGCAUAUAUGACGACAGGUAUGCCACUGGUUCCCAACUAUUCAAUGGGUGUUCCAGCAAUGCCACAGAUACCCACUGUACCAACCUAUCAGACCAUGCCUUUAAUACCAGCAAUGCAGUCAAUGCCUGUGAUGCAACAAAUGCCUCCAAUGCAACCUGUUCCUAUGAUGCAACCAAUGGCAACACCAAUGCCAGCAAUGAUGAUGCCACAGAGCAGUGUACCUCAGAUGACGCCUAUGCACCAGACUUCCCAGUAUGCACCAUCUCAAUUGCACCAACCUGAAAGACGAAUUGACUCAUCCCAACUAGCAGCUCAACAGCAGACAUUCAUCAACCAGCAGGCACUCUUACUGGCCCAGCAGAUGACUAUUCAGGCCAUGUCAAUAAGUCAGCAACAACAGCAGGAGCGACAGCAGAAGAAACAAAAAGAGGAGCAGCCUGUCGCCGAAACUCCAAAGACCCCAAGACCUCCAAAAACCAACACUAAGCCCGUCGUGCCUACUCCAGCUCAGCAACCAACGAAGACCAGUGUGAAGACUGAACCUAUUGUUAAAAAGGACCUCCCUAAAGAGAAAGAAGUACCUCCUCAGGACACGGAUGUCAAGGCUGAGAGUAAUGACGUUGCCGAUGAGUUGGCAAUGGAACAAGUUGAGUCUUUUCAGCAGAAACGAGAUUUCUUCCAGAAGUUGGGGAAAGAGGAGCCUUCACAUGUAAAACAUCCAUCCAAGAUUUUGCUUCCCAAACCAGAGAAGCCAGAAAAGAAGAAGACAGGAGAAUCCAGUAAUCCUGAGGUGCAGGAACACAAAGUGAGCCCUCCUCCAGAAGAGUCCACCAAAGACGCAAAGCAGAAAGACAAGGAAAAAGAGAAAGAACAGAAGACAGAAGAAGAACCAACAGAACCAGAGGAAGUGAAGCUCAUCCAGAGCAACACAAGACCAGAACCUAGUCAGAACAUCAAGGAAAUAAUUAAAUUGUACCAGAGCCAGCCAAAACAACCUCCACCUCUCUACCAACCUGUCAGGAGGUCAGCAAAACCAUUCCUGAAGAAAAGCAAUCCCAAGGAUGAGGCAUUAUCUCUUUUAGGAAUGAGAGAAUCAGCUUCUCCCACUGAGAUAGAGGAUGGUGUCAGAAAGGAAACAAAAGCUACAAAGGCUCCACCUAAACUAGCGCCGAAACCACAUCGUCAUCCUCUACCUUCACAGCCUUCAAUUCAGGACCAACUUUCAAAGAUAUAUGCUCCACCACCAGAAGGGCCUUCACUGCCACCACCUCCCCCACCUCCUCCACCUGGUUGCUCACCAGCAUCAACAUCUACCAGUGAAUUUCAACUCCCCCCAGUUCCACAAAAGAGAGAGGAAGUGUUCUUACAAGAUGAAAAUAUCAAAACACAUCUGUACAGGAAGACAGCCAGUGUUUACUUCUCAUAUGUCAAUAUCCCUUGGAAGCUCUAUCUUCGCAAAGAGUUGUUUUACCCAAGGGAGAAGUUUAACACUGACUACAUUCUCAACCUGAUGUGUGAACAGAUCAUUCGAGACACUUACUCUGACAGCUGUACACGCAUCUCAAAGGAGGAGCGACACAAGAUGCGAGACCUGUUGGCUGAGCUUCACGUUGGCACUGACAUACAGUUACUGCAAGACAAUGCAUUGAAGAAGCGGAUUGUAGUGGCUGCACGAGACAACUGGGCUGUUUACUUUUCUCGGUUGUUCCCUGCCAGUGGGGACAUUGGCAGUGAUGUGCAGAUUCUCAGUAUCUCUCACCGAGGAAUCAAGCUAUUAAAGUCGGUGCAAGUGCUCGGAAUGAAAUUAGACCAUUUUAAGGUUCUUCGGAGCUAUUGCUAUGCAGAAAUACUGAAUGUGACAUUAAAGGAAGAAACCAUGCUGGAAUUUUCUCUGAAGAAUGAGCAGCUGGUCCUGUAUUCAGAAAAAGCCGAGCAGGCAAAGAUGCUCAUCACUUUAUUCCUGGAGGAGUUACGGAAGGAAUCUGACUAUGUUAUGGCUAUUAAGAGCUAUAUUACUGAUGAUAAAUGUUUGCUGAACUUUCGCAAAGGAGACAUCAUCAAGCUGCUGCCAGUGGAUGGACUCGAACCAGGUUGGCAGUUUGGGUCUAUUGGUGGCCGCUCUGGCUUAUUUCCCGGAGACCAUGCUCAGCCAACAGCUGCUCCUGAUUACUAUAGCAGUAACAUGGGGAAGAAUGAGGAGAGGCAAAAGAGCACACCCAAUUCUAAUCGAUCAUCCAUGAGAAAGAGUGCUGUGCCCAGUGAAGAUUCAGAAAACGUGACCAACUUCUCACAUUCUGAAUCCAGCAACCCUCUACCAAACAUUCAUUCUUCACCUGACUUUGUUCAGUACGUAAUGACAGAAUUUGCCAUGAAGUACUUCAGAGAUUCUGCAGCCACGCUUGACUGGAAGGACACGAAUGCAGAAGGAAGAAAUCCCAAUUCCCUGGUUCAGCACACUGAGAUUCCCAUACACGAGUCACUUAUUGAUCUACCCGAUAAACAACUAAGUGAGCUUGCUGCAAAGAAUUUCAUGGCUCUGAUGAGGUUCAUGGGAGACAAACCCCCUCAGAAGCAACAGGCUAACACAGAUAUUUUACAGCACAUUCUGCGGCUGUGCAAGGAGAAGUGCAAUCUACAGGAUGAGAUCUGCUGUCAGAUCAUCAAGCAAAUCACAGAUCAUCCCAUAAAAGAAAACUGUACACGGGGCUGGCGUGCCCUCUACCUGUUCUUGGGCUACUAUCCAUGCUCAAGCAACCUCAUGCCCUUUGUCCAGAGAUACCUGGAGAACAUCUGCGCUGACCCUAAUCAUGACUUCCAAGCAAUAGCAAUGGCUUGUCAGGACAACAUCUAUCGCACAUUGAAAUAUGGGGGCCGGAAACAUAUCCCAUCCACCCUUGAAAUGGAAGCUAUCAUAAAAGGGCGCAGCUCAAGGAGAGUCAUUGUGUACCUACCAGGGAAGUUGGAGCAUGCAGCCAAGAUCAAGCCCUUUAUGGUCGGACAGGACAUGGUGAUGGAAAUUUGUGCUAACAUUGGAAUUGUUGACUCUGAAGAAGUCAAGGAGUUUUUCAUUUUUGCUGACAGGAAAAAUGGAAAUGUUGUCAGACCCAUCAAAGCAAAUGAAUACAUUUUUGACUUCCUGUUAGAUGAUAACUCCAUCAGUCUUUAUUUCCGACGUGUUACUUGGAGAGAGCCUUUGCAUUUUUACAAUGAACUUUGUGUUUCUGUACAUUAUAAUCAGGUACUUCCUAUUUACCUCAAAGGACAGUUACUUUUUCCGACAAACGUUCAUGAGGCAGAACAGCACGCUGCAAUUCUGGCAGCAUAUCAGCACAAAACCAAAGGAUUAGGCCCUAUGUUAGAUGUGCAGCAGCUGAAGGCUUACCUUCCUAAAACCAAAGCGGUAAAAUUGAAUAUUGAGAGGGUCCUGAAGCAAACUAUCCAAGAACUCGAAACCAUGCAGGAGCUCAGUCCUAUGAAAGCCAAGAUCCAAUUCUUAUGUGAAGUGAAGGCUAUGCCACUAUUUGGUUACAAUAUCUUCACUGUGAAAAAGACAAGUGAACAUUGGAUACCAACUCCAUGCAUUUUAGCAGUCAAUCAGGAAGAACUAAUUAUCUUAAAUGAGAAUACCAAGUGUGAGCUCCUAAAGAUUCCUCUCAUGGAGAUCCAGACAAUGCGCUCCUUGCACCCAACCGAUGGAUCAAAAAUCCGACAGAUGGAAAUCAAUUUUGGCUCCAUAAUUAAACCACAGACAAUCGCCCUUCAACUGGAAGAGGCCAGGAAAGUCUGCCACAUAAUCGCAAUGAUCCUUGAUGAGUUUUCAAUGCACAGCAACACAUGACCACACGUGAAUGCAAAAUCCAACCAGUUGAAAACGCUAAUUGAGCUGCUAAAUGAAUUAUCACUUUCAUUAAAACAUAACCUAUUAGGAGCAGAAUGCACUCAUCAUCUUGCAUGAAAAUCACUAUGGGUAAUGAGCUGGGACCAGCAGCUGUGACUUAUCUUCAAUUGUACAGUAAAGAGAAAAUAAAACAGGAACAGCCGUUGGAAUGUUGCCCAGUUUGGGCUCUUGUCUUUGUGUCUUGCUUGGCUCUAGGUAGCAGACAGGCUAUGUAGUGGAAUAGAAGAACACUCAGCCAUCAUUGCGUGGAAGAUUU